UGCUGUUCAAAUUCUGACCCUUAGGGCCAGUUUGUUUGCUUCUGAUUUCCAACUAGCACAAUGGUUUAGACAACCCGGUCUGACUAUGUGAUCAGAGGUACAUUAAAAAUCUCCCUCGGAACUUCUGCUUUGAGCUGCCCAGAAGCCUACAGUCAAACACACACCUUGGUGGUUCAGUCCAGAGAUUGUGUCAGUUUGCCAACAAGUACCCUGGGGAGUUAGCACCUAGAUGUCUUUCAAAACCUCCUUGCUUUCUUGUACUCCAUUUUCUUUCUCUUAAUGAAUCAUAUCCUUGUAAAUAAGUGCCUCGUGUAAGUGAGCAGUGUGGAGUCAUGUCUUUUCAGGUAUCUGGUCUUUUGAAAUCUUUGCAGAGGCUGAUCGAAGACUUGAGAUUGGCACAGCUUUUGAGGCCUGAAGGCACUUUAGUGCUUUCAGGAAGCGAUUCUCCAGCCUGCUUCUGCUGAAAGAACCUCAGAUCUUCCCAACUCUGUUUUUAACAGGAACCCAGACUAAGGAGUUGGCAUUGGAAAUCAGACUGAGGAUGGGAUUGAGGAUCUCAAUGGCCAAUAGGCAAGAAGACUGUGGCGAGUGGGUUUUUUGGUCAAAUUAUCACAAUUCAGAUAACUUCAAAUUAUCAAUCACUGUGUGGAUGUACUAACUGGAUAUACAGAACAUCCAUUCAUCCAUUAUUUAUGCAUUUGUACCUUCAUCACUUAUCCAUAUAUUUGCGUAUCUGCUAGAAACUCAAAGACAAGUACAAUAUUGUGUCCUUAAAAGAUUUACAGUUCCCUGAGGAAACAGUUAGAUAGUGUUAUAACUGUCCCUGGGCCUGGAGCUCCCGAUCUAAUCAAUAAGGCCACCGGAGCAGACCGAAGACAGUGGUUUAACCAGACCUGAAGAGAUAAAUAUGAAUUUAGAUUCCAUUCAUCGGUUAAUUGAGGAAACACACAUCUUCCAGAUGCGGGAGCCAUCAGUUAAACCACCUUGUGACAUGUUAGCACCUGCUUCAUCCCCCAAGGACACUUGUCCUUCCUGUUUGCCACAUCAGGGACUGCAAUCACGUGCCGCUCACAACUUCUGCGCUCACUCCUGUAACACCAGUGAGUGGAAUAUUUGCGAAGAGCUUCGCCUGAGGGAACUUGAAGAAGUCAAGGCCAGAGCUGCCCAGAUGGAGAAGACCAUGAGGUGGUGGUCAGACUGCACUGCCAAUUGGAGAGAAAAAUGGAGCAAGGUUCGGGCCGAAAGGAACAGCGCCAGGGAGGAAGGAAGACAGCUCAGAAUAAAAUUGGAGAUGACGAUGAAAGAAUUGAGUGCACUGAAGAAGAAGCAGAGUUUGCCACAUCAAAAGGAGGUAUUAGAAACUACCCAAGACCUGAAGCAUCCUACUUUCAUGGAAGUGCCUUCUGCACAAAGAGACCCAUUUCACCUUGGUUCACAAACGUGGGAGUCUAUCAGAGAGUGUCCGGUAAAAAGAGAAUUUCCUACAAAGGAGAACCCGGAUAGUAAGGAAGAAGGUUUGAAUAUUGACCAGUUAAAAUUAAAUGAAGAGAUGAAACUCAAUCUUAACUGUCCUGAUUCAUUAAAAAAUGUUGUUUCUGAAAACAGUACACUGAAAUCUGCAUUAAGACCACAAGCAAUAAACCUGCCUUUGGAGAAUAAAGUGCCUGAAAUUUCAGCUUUGCAGGUACAUCUGGAUGAGUUCCAAAAGGUUUUAUGGAAAGAAAGAGAAAAGCGCUCAUCUUUGGAAAAAGAAAUAGAACGACUGGAGUCAGCUUUGUCUGUAUGGAAAUGGAAAUAUGAAGAACUGAAAGAAUCAGAGCCAAAAAAUCUGAAAGAGUUUAACAUUAUUCCUGGUCAACAUGAAAAUGAAAUGAAAGAAAUAUCAGGAGAUAUAAAAGAAGAAUCAAAAUCUCAAACCGGCAAGGAUAGAGUGAUCUACGAGUUAAGAGCUGAGCUAGAGAGAUUGCAAGCUGAAAAUAUCUUGGAGCGGGACAAGAGGGAAAUACUUGAAACAGAAAAACAAGGACUGGAAAGAGAAAAUAGAAGGCUAAAGGCCCAAGUGGAAGAAAUGGAAGAGCUUCUGGAGAGGAGAAAUGUAUUAAGUGCAAACUCUCCAGGUCCUGACUUCAAGACCUCACAAAUUGAACUGCAGGAAAAAAUCAAGGAACUUUUAGGAGGACAGAAAGGAGAGGAGAGAAGAGAGGACAAGAGAAGACAAAUGAGGGAAAAAGAAGGGAAAAGUGGAAUUUGUGCCGACUAUAAAGUGAGAGGACAUAACAGAAUAACCAAAAUGGGAGCAAACACAUAUAGGCUAAUAUUUAUCAAAAUAUGUCCUGAUUUUGCUGUAAUGGAGAAAAGUAGAGUUGUAAUUCCCAACCAUUUUUCUAAAAAUGAUACCUUUAAAUGCUCGUUUGCUUUACCACUUUAUUCAGUGACAGGGAGUUUUGUACUUGGAAAGCCUUGA